GGAGUGUGAAGUCGAUGCCAAUUGUGGUUUUGGCACAGAAUUACACACUCUUCCCAUUCACAUACAUUUCAAGCCAAUACUCCAAAUGUUGCACAACUUGUCCACUACUUUUCGGCCAAAAAACUCUUUACAAACAGACCAUUAGUUCACUCAAUGAACAUUUGUCUAGUGUUUCAAUGUUUAACUGUUUUGCGUUGGAAUCGCAAACAGAUUCUGAUUGUCAUUGUUUAGCAUUAUUUAGUUGUGUUGAUCUCCUAUUACUCAUAUGACAUCACAUUAAAGGCUUGGCUCAUAUCAAACAUGUAAUAUAGGGUCUAAUUUGGGAACUCAAUCCACUCUUCAAUUGUUUUGCAAUCCAUAUAAAACUCGAUUCAUUUGAUUGUAACUCUUCUUAAUAACUAUUUUCACUCAAAUGUUUUUGAUUAUUAGUCCAAAACUCGGUGUCAAUCGGUGUUCAUAACUAUACUCUACACGAACAACAAGUUUAUUUCAAAUAACAUUUCAAAUCAACUUUGGUUUUGUCUGUCGGAAAAGACAAUGCCAUUCAUUGCAUUAAUUUAUUAAAUUUUAAAACUUUUUCAAACAAAAGUCAUCAUUAGUUAAUAACUUCUAUAACAUCAACCCAUAAAGUUGUUUGUGUGCAAUACUGUAUUUAAUUUAUUAAGAUGUCAUCCCAAUCACCCCAUCAUCGCGUGUCUACCCAUCAGCAACACUAUCACAACAACAACAGUCCGACCACAACAUUGAGUGAAGACGACAGCAAUUCAGAACCCAAUGAUCUCAGAACUAACCAGAAGAUUCGUCAUCACAGCGCCGCCACAUUCCCGGGCUAUCCAUUCUUCACAACGCCUCAACACAAUUCAGGAUCGAUGCCAUCCCAACACUCACAGCACAGUUCAGGACAACAAUAUGUGGCCACUAAUGAAUGUCGUCUUAUUGAAUACCGUGGGGCGCGUAUCGCAGCUUUU